AGAAGAAGAAAGGGUGUAGAAGAAGGGAGGGGAGGAGAGAAACCGUGUAGGAGAAGGGAAGUGGGGGAAAGAGGAGAGAUAAGGGGUAAAGGGGUGAAAGAAGAUGGAUGGUAUCAAUAUCUGUUACUGUGUCUGACUUUGAUUGACGUGUUUACUGUCUCUCACCGAAGAGCAAUGCAUUUCUGUUGCUGGAGCCUUAUAUCAGAAGGAAUUAGGAGGUCUAUCACUACUCGCAUUGCCGCCUUUUCAAGUUCAAAUUUAAAACUGCAGGCUAAGAAGAAGUUCGCCUUUCAUUCUUCCUCCAACACCAUCAGUUGAUUCCAAAUUGCAAGUCGCAGUAGAGUAAGGAGCCAAUCACAAUCAUUUGAGCAAAAUCCUCCAUUGAUAGAAUUUGAACAAGCUUCCAGUGACAUCGUUUUGUCUAUGGAAAACCAAUUCUACCCAAACGGCGUGAUAAAUAGCCAAUUUUUACAUUCCCUUACCGCGUCUGCUCCUGCUCGGAGUGGGAUGGAGGAGAUGGGUUUUCUCUCACCAAAGGUGGAAGCCAUGCUUGAAAAGAUCUGCUUUGAGCAGUGUCAAGAACCGUUAGAUGCUUAUUCUAGAAGGGCUCUUGCCUCGUUAGGAGAACAGGCUUCCAUUGAUCUCCUGGAAAAAAUCUCAGCUUGCACGAUUCGAAAAUCACUCAGCGCUUUUAUAAGUUUUAUGGUAAAGAAGUAUCACAAUACGCCAAAUUCCCCGGCUGAAAGCUUUCCUAACUCUCCUCAUAGAUGCUCCCAUUCACCUUCUUCAUGCUCUUCCAGUAAUUUGUCUCCUGGAUAUGCUCCUCUCCAUAAGAGCAUGGGGAGGGUAUCUAAUAGUCAAACAUCACGUUACAAUGGCACUGUCGAGACACCUGAAUCUACAACAUCAAAGCCGAAAUUAUUAUCAUCUGAAUUGAGUCCUCAGCUUUUUAACCACGAGCGCAAGAGAUUAGAAUUCAAAGAGAGGGAAAAUGGUCAAGGAAUUAGUUACCAGUUGUCAGCACUCAGUGAGCUUGAAUUUCGGAAGUUCUUCCUAAUAUUGAACUAUAUCGGGAGGAAUAUUUUGGAGAGCGUAGUGACUCCUGAGGCUGCUGAAGAUAUUGUAGCUUCAGGGGGUCAACCAAUGGCCUCUUUUGAGUCAUAUAUCUGGAGCAAAUAUGGUCACUUGUGUGAAGAUCAUGAAAGACUACAGUAUACUGAUUGGGAUUCUGGAAGGACGCAUCUAUACUAUUGUAAUAUUGAUUCCAAUGGAGAGUAUACUUUCAAGGGACCUUAUUUGAACGCUGCAAGGACUCAUCUACAACAAGCAUUAGGAGAUGAAAAUGUGUUGAUUGUUAGGUUUUUGGAAGAUGCUCCUACUAAUGCCAGAAAAAUCAUUGACAGUGGAAUUUCUGUUGGACUAAGACGGUUCCACUUCUUUGUUUUUAAAGAUGAAGGGAAAAAUAAAAAUAGGAAUUCCAAAGAAAGAAAAGGAACUGCCUCUGUAAAAUGCUACUUUGUACAGAUGCAGACUAUUGGUCAUGCAAAACAAAGCUUCCUUUUACAGGGAAAAACAGUCCACGAUGCUAGGUGUCUUUUCAUGCACGUGCACAUGGUUUCAAGCAUGGCUAAAUAUAUGGCGAGGUUUUCUCUUAUAUUAUCGAAGACUGUCAAACUCCCCAUUGACUUAGGACCGCUAGGAGAUGUAAGAGUAUACGAAGUUGAGGAUACAUAUUGCCGCGAUGAGUUUGGAUCCAUUCUCCUUGAUGAAGAUGGGGCACCUCUUGUGCAAACUGAUGGAACAGGUUUUAUAUCAGAAGACCUGGCAAGGAAGUGCCCCAGUAAUUUUUAUAGAGUAAAGCAUUUGAAAGAUGCUAAUUCUGAGACCAUCAAUGGUCAGAAACUUGAAGAGUCAGAAUAUCAGAACAGGGAACCGCCGUUGUUGAUGCAAUGUCGUCUCUUCUACAAUGGCCGUGCAGUUAAAGGAACACUUCUUGUUGAUAGACGGCUCACAGAUAGGUCAAUUCAUGUUAGACCCUCUAUGAUCAAGGUUGGUGCAGAUCCAGAACUAUUCCGCACACAAACAUUUAACUCGCUUGAGAUAGUAGCAAUCAGUCAUAAACCAAAGAAAGCACAUCUUUCAAAAACAUUGAUUGCUCUAUUGUGCUACGGAGGUGUUCCUCGGGAAUAUUUCUUGGAAAUACUGAAGAAUGCAUUGGAAGAGGCAGAAAACAUAUAUUCUGAUGAGAUCUUGGCACUGAAAGCUACGUCAAACUAUGAAGAUCUUGAUUAUGGUUCCAUUGCAAAAAGUAUGAUUUUAUCGGGAGUGCCACUUUCUGAGCCACAUCUUCAAUGCUGUCUAUCUGUGGUGACAAAGGAAGAAAAAAGUGGGCUUAGAGGGGGAAAACUUCCAAUUUCUGACAGCUUUUAUUUGAUAGGGACCGCUGAUCCCACAGAGACGCUAAAUCGUGAUGAAGUCUGCGUUAUUCUUGAUCAUGGCCAAAUUGUUGGGGAAGUCUUAGUCUACAGAAAUCCCGGGCUUCAUUUCGGAGACAUCCACAAGUUAAAUGCAGUCCACAUAAAGGAACUUGAUGAGAUAGUUGGAAAUGCUAAGUAUGGAAUAUUCUUCUCCAUAAAAGGUGAAAGAUCUGUUGCAAAUGAAAUUGCUAAUGGCGAUUUUGAUGGAGAUGUAUACUGGGUCUCUAGGAACCGUGAGCUAAUUGAAAAAUUCAGUACAAGUAGCCCGUGGAAACGUAUUUAUUCUACUCCCAAUCCAGUUAGUAGGAAGCCGAGUGAGCUUUCUACAAAAGAAUUAGAGCUCAAACUCUUUGAGAUGUUUCUGGAAACAAGAAUGCCAAGUUAUAGUAUGUCUGCCGCUUCUGACAGCUGGAUGGCUCAUAUGGACAGACUUCUGGUACUUGGUGAUAGCUAUGCUACUGAGAAGGAAGCCAUAAUAGAAAAAAUGUUACAUUUGAUAGAUCUUUACUACGAUUCUUUAGAUGCACCCAAAAAUGGUAAAAAGGUCAAUAUUCCCAAAGAUCUGAAGGUGGAUAAGUUACCACAUUUCAUGGCAAAAGAACGUGAUUCUUAUCACUCAAAAUCUGUCCUGGGAGAAAUUUAUGACACUGUUGUGGCAUAUGAAACCAAAACGACACCGUUUGUUGAAAUUGAGAAAAUAGCUUGCUUUAGCAUCAAGGUACCUGAUGAAUGUAUGAGGGUAUGGAGGAAGAGGUACAACGAGUACAGAGCUGAUAUGGCGGAGGCACUGAGCUCAUGUGGUGAAUCCAAGAAUGACUUAGCAAAUGAAGUCAUCAAGAAAUACAAGCAAUUAUUAUACGGCGCUGAUGAGUUGGAGGAAAGCAGGAUGAAUAUGAGAGAGAUAUAUGACAAUGCGCUUGCUAUUUACCAUGUUUGUUAUGAUCACGCAAAAGCCGUGUCAGAUGUAAGAAAAUGUGGCUUCACCUGGAAAGUGGCCGGAUCUGCUCUUUGUAGACUUCAUGCCGAGCUUCAGGCGAAGGAGAAUAGUAAUAAUAAAAAUGGGAAAGCCAUGGUCAUUUCUCCUGCCAUGCUGCAGAAGAUCUUACACAUGCGAGUAUAGAAUAAAGAAAAGAUAUAUGUGCCUGUAUGUAUGUUUAUGUGCAUAUCCCUUCAAAUGUAUCAUAGACGGAUAAUAUGUCAGAAUUAGCAAAGUAAAUAUCAAUUUAUCAUGACAUAUGUUACACUUUGUGCUACAAAUUCUUUAGAUUUUGUAACCAUUUGAUACCAAAGCUUCAAUUUGUUUUGGAUGGGUAUCAUGGUUCAUGAGCUUGUAUUAAAUGGUAGGAUAUUUAUAGUUAAUUAUGUAAUUUGUAAUUCACCUCAAUAAUAAAAAUAAAAGUGUGAGAAAUAAUUAUCAUUAUUAA